AUGACUCAGAUACUUGGAGUUGGUACUAACAAUGAUUGCCUAGAAAUCGUCCGGAAGUAUAAGAACAUUGAAAGGGAAGAGCAUGAUCGAUUCAGAGAGAUUGCCAAGAAGGGUGAUGGGGGUACUUAUUCAUUGAAGUACGGUGAACAUAAUAGAGAUAAAAAUAGGUAUUUGGAUGUGCUGCCGUAUGAUUAUAAUCGAGUCAAGAUAGAUGCAGAUGGAUACAUCAAUGCGAGUUAUAUUGAAUUAGGGUCUUCAAGAUAUGUGGCUACACAGGGUCCAAUUUCAAGUACUGUCAGCGAUUUUUGGAAGAUGUGUGACUAUGUUUGCAAGAAACGAAUAGUAAUUGUCAUGUUGACACCAUUAAUCGAGAAGCAAAGAGAAAAAUGCUGUAAGUAUUGGAGUUGCCAGAACUUUAGCAUAGUGGAUUCAGUUACAGGAUGCAGAGCGAUUCAAUUAGAUUUUAUUAGUCAAAGGUAUGACGAUAGGGGCCAUUUUAAAGUUACAAAAUGGAAAAUGUAUAAACCAGAUAGACCGGCAGAAGUCAAAGAUGUGUUUCACUUUUAUUACGAUAAGUGGGAGGAUUUUUCACGGCCUUCAAGUUACGAACACGUGAUAGAAUUAAGUCAGCAAGUGGCCAAAGUCAGAGAUGCGCAAGAACCGGUGAUUGUGCAUUGCUCGGCUGGGGUAGGACGAACAGGUACUUUUAUCGCUAUUGAUCAUCUUUUGAACUCUAUGAAAGAAACAACUGAGGUGGAAGAGUGCGCUGACCACGUGGAUCCAGUAGAGGAUGUUGUUAGGUUACUUCGUAAACAACGAAUGUUGAUGGUGCAAAGACCUCAACAAUACCAAUUCGUGUACGAUACGAUACGAAAGUACUCAGAAACCAACGGUGCAUAG